CCGUCAACUCAAAGCCAGAUUUCUCUCUAUAAAUAUCCUAUCCCUCAAAGCAAAACGUUAGGGUUAUUUUGCAGCUUUUAGGGUUUCUCUCCUGGUUUCUUGUUCCUAUUCGAUUCCGACAUCAUGCCUCGCCGAAGCUCUGGCGGACGCUCACGCUCAGCCCCCCGUGCUCCUCCACGUGCAGCUCCAGUGAGGAAUCCACCUCAACCAGUUCAUUCAGCUCCUCCGCCUGCUCCUGUUCAAGGAGGUGGAUCCGUCCUUGGAGGAAUUGGUUCCACCAUUGCUCAAGGUGUGGCUUUUGGUACUGGAAGUGCUGUUGCUCACCGGGCUGUUGAUGCGGUUAUGGGUCCCCGCACCAUUCAGCUUGAGACGGCAGCAUCUGAACCUGCUGCAGCUGCCCCAAUGAACAAUUCUAUGGGUGCUGAUUCUUGCAACAUCCAUUCAAAGGCCUUCCAAGAUUGCGUCAACAACUUCGGAAGCGACAUCAGCAAGUGCCAGUUCUAUUUGGAUAUGCUGAAUGAAUGUCGCCGGGGAUCUGGUGCUCCACUGAAUGCCUAAAUUUAGGCAUAAUUCCAAUGCUACUAUUUCCUUUCUCAUGUCUCCAUGAUUUAAAUAACAGUUUGACUGCUGGGCAUGCUUGAACAUUGAUGAAUGUUCUGGAUUUGAACCACCUUCAUUUUAGCAUAAAAACAUUAAACCAGGACCGUGCUAUUGAAUACAAACUUCUGUGGUUGUGUCCUUUUUUGCCAGUCUCUA